UAAACAAACAUUUUAUUUAUACAUUGGAAAUAUUAAAAUUAAUUAUCAUGAUGAUUAAAAUAACUUAUAUAGUCACAGUCCUUUUUAGUUUUUGUUAUUGUUUUUGUUCCUAAUCCCAACAAACUCAUAUGACGUGAUUUAUGUGCCAGUUUAUAUGUCACUAUCGUAGUCCAGGUGCUUUUUUCACACCAUCUCCAUUCUGACGCUGUAAUAAUGAUGAUGACAGAUGAUGUAGGUCAAACUUCGGGGCUCGGCCUCGUCGUCGUGUCCUCCGUGUCCACUGCGACAGGAUGUCAAUACUUUAAGCUUCUUACAGCGCUAAUGAAAGUGGCCGCAUAUUGUCCCGGAGACAGAUGGUUUCUGGUCUUGAUUACGUUUUAAUUUGGGCGCUGACAGGCUCGGCUCGUCGCAGCGGCCCCACUGCGCUCGUUCUGCCGGUGAAGGUGCGGCGCCUCCGGGGAGAACAGCUGACGUGAGAACCGCGGGUUCCUCCGACGGCUGAAGCGUCGUUCAGCAGCACGCGCUGUUCUCCGGCUCGUCUCCGCAUUAAGGCGGCAAACUUUAGGGGCUGGAGCAAAGCAUCUGCUUCAAGCGUCGGCGUAGGAUGUUCACACGGAGCCUGCAGCAGCCAAAGGCAGCAUGAGGCCGCGCGCGCUGGCUUCGGCUCCACGCUGGGCCGUCCUGCUCCUCUGCGUGGUGAGCGUCUGCAGCCAGCGAGUGUCCACUGGCAACCGAAGCUCCCGAGGACAGACAGGGCCGACGCGGGAGAGGACGGGGACCUGCGAAGUUGUUGCCGCCCAUCGCUGCUGCAACAGGAACAAGAUUGAAGAACGCUCUCAAACAGUCAAGUGCUCCUGCUUCCCAGGACAGGUGGCGGGGACCACGCGGGCUCUGCCCUCUUGUGUUGAAGCCGCCAUUGUGCGUCAGAAGUGGUGGUGCAAAAUGGAGCCGUGUCUGGAGGGGGAGGAGUGCAGAGUUCUCCCUGACCUCACGGGUUGGUCGUGCAUCUCCGGGAACAAAGUGAAGACCACAAAGGUGGCGCGGUAGCGGGACAGAAGCUCCAUCUCAUCAGCCCGAGCCCCUCGCAGCCCGCAGCCGUCACCCUAACUAACACUGGACUCUGAGGACAGUGGGCACUUUGUCAGAUAGAGCAAAGAACAAUAUAGAUUCAAUUAGAUAUCUCCUGGCUGAGCUGGAAACGGCAGGAACUCAUUAUUUCACUUUCCUCUGGCUUAAACACAAUUUUGCUUAGGGUUAAUCCCAGCGAGUGGACAAUCUAUUAGCAAGUGACUUAAGAUAAAAUGAUGCGGCGCCGCGGCGCUUUGUAUGCUGGGCACACAGUGAUGCGCUCCAUCAAAGUUUGGAUGGACCCGCUGGAACACACUUAAAGGGAGAUUCGGUGGGUUUUCAGGAGGCCCAAAAGUGAAUCCAUGGGGUUACGACUUUCUACACCAAUCAAAGCAGAGAAUCUGAGACAUGAGGAACGCUGUGAUUGUGUAGCAGCCGUAGACAUCGCUGUCCUGUGGACGUGGUCUGAGAUUUGAGGUCAGGUCCACAGAGAGGCACACACACACACACACACACACACACUGGACUGUGGUUGGACGGGUCGUGGAGGCGUGAACACACGCAUGAAGCCCAGAUGUAAAACAGGGGCUGUUUGAAAUGCUAAUCAUGAGGAGGACGGCGGGAGGAGGCGGGCGGCGCGUCCUCACUGCUGAGCGUAUUUACGCGGCGCCUUUGUUGGUCCCUCCACGGCGGGCGCUCCUGUGGAGGGGACCCCGCUUCCAGUAAUGAUGGCAAACGCCGGCGAUUCUCUGCACUGAAGCAAAAUCGUAGCUACGAACAGAAUGUUUACCGUUGUUCAGUCGUCCCCUUAAUAAUAAUAAUAAUGGAACAUUAAUAAAAUCGUUUUUCCCGCUUCCUUUCUUUUAUCGCUUGCUUUGAGGCAUAAUUCCUUUUGACUGAAGACCCGUUUUAUUCUAACAGACGCUGGGGCUCCUUCCAUGUCAGACGUGUCUGGGCGCCUCACGCUGUGCGAGUCGAGAGCAGCUGAAUGCGGAGCCGUUUGCUCAAUAUUUACUUAAGGCAAUUAUGCGUUAUGAUUGUGUUGGUAGUGACAGGAUUCUUUCCUGAGCUGUCAUGUAGCGUUUUUUUUUUGUAAACAUUGGAUGUUGAUUAUGUUUUAAUGCUAGCGGCGCUAACAGCACUGUAAUAAAAUCAGCUCCAACAAUGGCGCCAACCACCCAGUAAUGAACUGGUGUUCAGCUCAGCAAACCACCACAACAAUAACACAACCAGGUUUAAAGACAUCACCUGUAAAGUUCUUCUCAAUAGUUGUGACUUUUGAGCGUGUUCUGUUUUCACAGCCGGCAAAAUAAUGAUGAAGACUAAACCAACGCGUUUGAUCCCAUUCUUAACGUCGUCAAACAAAUGGAUUAAAAGUUAGGCUUAACAUAAAACUGCUAAGUAAACUCAGCUUCCACACUGAAGUAGCUCAGUAAAUUAUUCUCCAUAUUCACAGGAAUGCAAAGCUCACUGAAGUUGUAGGCCCCGAGAUUCACUGACUGUUCCCACAAUCCGAGCAGACCUGGACAAGAAAGCUUUGGAAAGAUCAGCAACUCUCACAGCAACAUUUCCCUCACAGACUUUACUGAACCUGCAAAAAAAAAAAAACGGAAUCCACUGGGAGUUAAGCUGAAUAAGCUCAUGUGUGACUUCCACAGCAUUGGCAUCCUUACUCUCCCGUCUGUGCUUAGUUUCACAAACAUGCUUUUUAUUCCCCCUCACACCCUAAUGACCACAUAAUGUCUGUAAUAUGUUCUGCCACUUGUGCAGCACGGACAUAUUUGAUGUAACAAGAGGUUUUGUUUUUCUACAUUUCCACCAGAGCUGAAACUUUUUGCAAUAAAAGCUUGAAACGA